AUGGCUCCUAUCAAGGUCGGCAUCAACGGUUUCGGCCGUAUUGGCCGUAUCGUCUUCCGCAAUGCCGUUGAGCACCCGGAUGUCCAGAUUGUUGCUGUCAACGACCCCUUCAUUGAGCCCAAGUACGCUGAGUACAUGCUCAAGUACGACUCGACCCACGGCGUUUUCAACGGUACCAUCUCCGUCGAGGGCAACGACCUCAUUGUCAACGGCAAGAAGGUCAAGUUCUACACUGAGAGGGAUCCCGCCAACAUCCCCUGGAAGGAGACCGGUGCCGAGUACAUUGUCGAGUCGACCGGUGUGUUCACCACCACCGAGAAGGCCAAGGCUCACCUUCAGGGCGGCGCCAAGCGCGUCAUCAUCUCGGCCCCCUCGGCCGAUGCCCCCAUGUACGUGAUGGGCGUCAACGAGGACAAGUACGACGGCAGCGCCCAGGUCAUCUCCAACGCCUCGUGCACCACCAACUGCCUGGCUCCCCUCGCCAAGGUCGUCCACGACAAGUUCGGCAUCGUUGAGGGUCUGAUGACCACCGUUCACUCUUACACCGCCACACAGAAGACCGUCGAUGGCCCCUCCUCCAAGGACUGGCGCGGUGGGCGUGGUGCUGCCCAGAACAUCAUCCCCAGCAGCACCGGUGCCGCCAAGGCUGUUGGCAAGGUCAUCCCCGACCUUAACGGCAAGCUUACCGGCAUGUCUAUGCGUAUUCCCACUGCCAACGUCUCCGUUGUCGACCUGACCUGCCGCCUUGCCAAGGAGGCCAGCUAUGACGAGAUCAAGGCCGCCAUCAAGGAGGCUGCUGAUGGGCCCCUCAAGGGCGUUCUCGCCUACACUGAGGACGAGGUCGUCUCGAGCGAUCUCCGGGGCCACCCCGCCUCAUCCAUCUUCGAUGCUAAGGCUGGUAUCUCGCUGAACAAGAACUUCGUCAAGCUCAUCAGCUGGUACGACAACGAGUGGGGCUACUCCCGCCGUGUCCUGGACCUCCUGGCCUACGUUGCCAAGGUUGAUGCUGGCAAGCAGUAG